CACACCAUUUUGGAAUGGACGGAUAUGAACGAAACACCCACAAAGCGUUAGUGUUUCCGGCCAGCUCAGCGCGUCUGGAUUGUUGUGUUGUCACUGACUGCUGGCUGUCAUUAGCUCUAAUACGCCGUGGCUAUCAAUUGUAGCGAAGAAGAACACAUUUCAUUCUAAAAUGGUGCUGCUAACAAUAAUUGCUCGUUUAGCGGAUGGACUGCCGCUUGCCGCCUCAAUGCAGGAGGACGAGCAGGGAAGUGAGAAGUUGGGUCGAGACCUGCAACAGUACCAGAGCCAGGCUAAACAGCUAUUCAGGAAACUCAAUGACCAGAGUCCUACACGUUGCACAUUAGAGGCUGGCUCCAUGUCCUUUCACUAUGUCAUAGAAAAGGGAGUAGUCUAUCUAGUACUGUCGGAAGCAAGCUUUCCUAAAAAACUUGCAUUUGCUUACCUGGAAGACCUGCAGGCAGAAUUCCAUGAACAGCAUGGAAAGAAGGUCCCCACCGUAUCCCGGCCCUACUCCUUCAUUGAGUUUGACACAUACAUUCAGAAGACCAAGAAGUCGUAUAUAGACAGUAGAGCCCGCAGGAACCUGGGCAACAUCAACACAGAGCUGCAGGACGUCCAGCGAAUCAUGGUGGCCAACAUUGAGGAAGUGUUGCAACGAGGGGAGGCCCUGUCCGCUCUGGACUCCAAGGCCAGUAAUCUAUCCAGCCUGUCAAAGAAGUACAGAAGUGAUGCUAAGUACCUGAACACUCGCUCCACCUACGCCAAGCUGGCUGCUGGCGGGGUCUUCUUCAUCAUGCUUAUCGUCUAUGUUCGCUUCUGGUGGCUCUGAGAAAGGAAAGGAGAGGAGGCAGGAAGGGUUAGCCAUGGUCUCAUUUUAUCCAAAAUGUGAUUUGUCUAUUUUACACAAGACUGUUGUAGUACACACCGACAAUGCACGUUAUCUUCCCAACCGCCUUUGCAUAGAUCUUUCAAGAAAUUACAAAUUUUAUGUUUUUAUUAACAAUUACAGUCACCCUGUAGCGCUUAUACAUCCGAGUUAAGAGAGACUGAUUGCUUGUGAGAAUGGGUCAGAGGAAAUACCUUUGUUUUGUGUUUGUGUGUAUUACCAUGACCUGUAAGAUAACUCCUGUUGAUUUAGUCAUGUUCAGGGCUAUAUGACAUAGCAGUGCAUAAAUCAUUAUAUUUACCCAGAACACAUCGCUAGGGCUCUGGUGUUAAUAACACAACUAUUAUUGUGUUGUUAUUAUUGUGGAUGGAUGCAGAUCUCUUAAAGUGAAUGAAUUGAAAGAAAAAUGGCAUCGAUAUGAGGCUAAAUGUAGGAUAGGAGGUCAUUCAUUAUUUCCAUCUCAUCCAAAAACAACUGUUAGGUGAUUAUAACAAUGGUAUGUCACAUUAAGGGUUUUUCUUGGGUUGUGUUUAUUGUAUUCUUGCUCAUAGUUGGCAGCACACUAGUCGUUAUCACUUCAGAACGUAGCUGCAACUGACUCAAUCAUAAAUCCUAUGGUAAAUUUAGGUUUUACUUCAGAUACCACGAUAGGGCUGUUUAGGGACUAUCACUUAAUUACACACUGUACAUCUGAAAAUAUUGAAAAAUAUAAAUCGCUCAAUAGUCAAUAGCUAAAUUUUUCAAUUACUUUAAAACCUCAAACCAAACAUAACAUUUUUGCAAUUAAUGUACAAAUAUUAUUAGCAUUUAUUUAGAAAACCAAAAGGUUUACAGCAUCAAAAUAUUGUCCAAUUAAAAAAAUACAUCUAGUAGUGUUGAUUUAAUUAGACAGUUUGUGGCCACUGACAUUAAACACAUUGUUAUGGCUAGUAUUUUAUUGUUUGUAAUAUAUACCUUGAAAAUGAACAAAGUUGUUUAUUCAUCUCAUGCUAAGUCAGAUGGAGCAGCUUUUGUGAAUUGGAAUGUCAAAUAACGUGGCAUUCAAACAGCAUCCCAUUUCAAUAGGGAUUUCUCUGAGGGAAGGUCGCUAUGGUUUUUUAAGGUAAAAACCUAGUGAUUGGACUGCACACAAGGUUGUGGUGCCUCAUUGUGCUUUAGCGACUCCUUGUGGUAUGUUGGGCAACCUGCAGGAUCAAUCGUGGCUGUUUGCCAUUGUGCUUUCUCUAAGAAUGUAAGGGCUGGAGCGUGAAAACGAGCAGAACUUCUAGCCAUGAUGUGCUUCGUAGGACACAAUUGUGUUUGUCUUUUCCCAGACUGCAGGGAGUUCUUGCAAUGAGGCAAGGCAAAAAACAGCAAAUUAGACUUUGAUAUGGUUGCACACAAACUGAUUGAAACAAAUUGACUAAAGAGGUUUGACAACUUGCUAUUAAGCUUUGGAUAUUUCAGCUGCGUUCAUGCAUGCAAUCCAAUAAUUAGGUGUGUUCCUCUGCCUGGAAAGGUUACUUAGGUAUCAGCUAACCUCAUCAAACGUGUUCCUUUGCACAGGCUUUUCACAUAUCUUACAAUGCCUGGGCAAUUCUUUUACAUACCAACCAACCAAAAGAUGCAUUGAUGCAUUCAGAUGAAUGAAACUAGGCUGUACUGACCAACAAGUUGAUGGAAAGGGUUGGGAUGUGGGUUGGAAAACUCAUGGCCUCUUUAAACACACCACUCAUUACUUCAGGCCACACCCUGCCACACUGACCAAACAGCAUUAAGUGUCCAUCAAAGUGUGUUCUAGAAUGUUCUGUGAAAAAACGUGCAGUAAAAAUAGUUAUAGAACGUACAGUAUGUAUCAAUGGGUCCCUCUGCUGUGCUGGGGUGACUAAUCACACUACAUAAGUUAUUUCUCAUUUUUCAUCUCCACAUUGUGUUGACCAGUUUAACAUCUGACAGUUUAACAUCUGUUUAUGUAUAGUGGGGUCCUUUAUUUUGUAAAAAAAAAAAAGUAUGUGGAACACACUGUAUAUCAGAAUUGGGAUUGCUGUUUAAAUACAGCCUUUCUCAAAUGUAAAAAGUUUCAUGUAGAGUAUUUAAAAAUAUCAACAUGGUAAUAAGGCUGUGUUUAAAUAGCCCAAUUCUGAUAUAAACUAUGUUCCACUUAUUGAUCUUUUGACAAAUCACAUCAGGACUUGUUCAGUAAAUGUGUCUGGAACAUUCAAUUGAAUUUUAAUGAAAAAUGGGGAAAGGAUAGUUUGUGGGAAUGCUGUAAACAUGAUUACUGCCCUUUAAAUACGUCACUAACUGUCAGAUCUGUCAGGCAUCAGCAACAUAUAAGCAGAGGAAAGUAACUAGAGGUAGACUGGAUGUGUAAAAUGUUAUUUACAUGUUCAUAAUCUGAGUAAAAUCACCAUACCAUGAAAUUCCAAGUUUGAUAGCACAUGGUUUUGAUGACAUGAAGCAGAUAUCGGCACAUAAUUAACAGUACGCUCAGUUUGGGGUACUUGUUUUGGCUUGACAACACCUGUUUCAUUACCAGUGGCCAAACAUGUAAGAAUGCAUGUUUAAACUUUCUGUUUAAUUGAAUGUUCCACUAGGUUUUUUGGCCUAUACCAAGGCAAGAUCUAAUGAUUGGGCGUCUGAUUAUUCAAAAGACAAGUGAAAAAAAAUCAUAAUUCAAUGGAGCCUUACAGCUAGCUUAUGUUACGUAGCUGACUUAUAGUUGGAGGGGGAAAACCUCAUUCAUUUCAGUAUAACUGUUGAAUCUGCUAUUAAUAAAGUGAUUUGCAUAAAAAUA